CAAAGAGUGGAGAGCCGUUCAGCAGCAUGUUAUUCAAGAAUCCAACCUCGGAAUAUCGAGGAUGUCCAUUUUGGGCAUGGAAUACCAAACUUGAUGAAGGCCAAUUAUUACGACAGAUCGACUGUUUUGCGGAAAUGGGUAUGGGAGGUUUCCAUAUGCACUCACGAACUGGGCUCGAUACAGGAUAUAUGGGAAAUGAGUAUAUGAAUAUGAUUCGUUCUUGUGUGGAGUAUGCUGAAAGCAAAGGUUUGCUUGCAUGCUUGUACGAUGAUGAUCGGUGGCCCUCUGGAUCUUCAGGGGGUAGGGUUGUAAAGGACAAUCCACAGUUCAAAGCAAAGCAUAUUGUGUUCACACCUCGGUUUCGUGGUUCAGAUGACCCCGACAGUGAAAGCGCACACCUUUUGGCUGCCUAUGUCAUUGACCUGGAUGAGAAUGGAUGCCUUAAAUCCAGUCGAAUGCUGAAAGAUAUCGAUGUGCACGAGUCAGACUCUCAGCUCUGGCUUGCAUAUGUCGAAACCAACGGUGGAUCACCAUGGUUCAAUGGAGAAACUUAUGUAGAUACUCUCAGCAAGGAAGCCAUCGGCCAUUUCAUCGAUAUUACCCAUGAGGUCUAUAAAGAAAAUGUCGGGGAUAAAUUUGGCAUAACUGUGCCCUGCAUAUUUACAGACGAACCACAAUUCGGGAAUAUCAAGAAUCAGUUAUCGAAUCCAAGGGGCGACAACGAUGUUGUCUUCCCUUGGACAUCGGACCUUGCCGAAACAUUUCAAGAGAAAUACUCAUUGGAUCUUAUUGAGCACUUACCGGAAAUUGUGUGGAACCUUCCAGAUGGCAAGCCAAGCGUUAUACGGUAUCGAUAUCAUGAUCAUACCUGUGAGAGAUUCGUAUCUGCGUUCAUGGACCAACUUAGUGGCUGGUGCAGAAAGAACAAUCUUUUGCUCAAUGGACAUAUGAUGGAAGAACCUUCUUUGCAUUCGCAGACUUGCGCUCUUGGUGAAGCUAUGCGUUGUUACCGGAGUAUGGAUAUGCCGGGCAUGGACCUACUUGCGGACUGGGUAGAAUACAACACGGCAAAGCAGGUCUCAAGCGUUGCUCGUCAAAAUGGGCUUCGAGGUGCGAUGAGCGAACUUUAUGGAGUUACGCAUUGGUAUUUCACGUUCGAAGGUCACAAAGGCUGUGGUGACUGGCAAGCAGCGCUUGGCAUUACCUUCCGUGUUCACCAUUUGACUUGGGUCAGCAUGGCCGGUGAAGGCAAGAGAGACUACCCUGCAUCCAUAGGUUACCAAAGCCCAUGGUACAAAGAGUACGGAUACAUUGAAGAUCAUUUCGCCAGGGUCGGAGUUGCUAUGACACGCGGGCGAGCUCUCACACGUGUUGGCGUUAUUCAUCCUAUAGAGAGUUAUUGGCUGUCCUUUGGACCAAAUGAGAGCGGUCACGAAUUGGGCUUCCGUGAUAGAGCCUUUUCUGAUCUUACGAAUUGGCUGCUUCACGGACUCAUCGAUUUUGACUUUAUCUCCGAGAGCCUGCUUCCCGGACAGGUGGGCAGGCAACGACCCGGGAAGUUAUCAGUCGGCCAUUGCGAAUACGACGUUGUCAUCCUACCCCACCUCCAGACGAUCAGGUCUACGACGCUCGAAAUUUUGCGAGCUUUUUCUAAAUCUGGCGGUAAAGUUAUCAUUGCCGGUAGCAGCCCAGGUCUGGUAGAUGCAAAAGUACCCCCCACGAGUCCUACGAUUGAGAACAGUGAGAAUGUUUUCUGGAGUAAUCAGAGCAUUAUUCGUGCGAUAGAGGGAUAUCGAGAUCUUCGAGUCACAAUAAGAGGGAGUCUCGCCGAGGAUAAGUUCUUAUAUCAGAUGCGGCAGGAUGGCGAUAAACGAUUUGUCUUUAUCUGCAACAGAGACCGCAAUUCAUCCUUCCAAACUACAGUACAACUGAAAGGUGUUUGGGAUGUUGAGAAAAUGGACACGUUUUCGGGUGAGCAGAUACAAAUGGACAGUUCUGUAAAUAAGGGAUGGACGGUAUUUCCUUACAAAUUCGAAGGUUGUGCAAGCCUUCUUCUCCGACUAUCACCAUCUACUAGCACUGCUAUUCGACUCUUCCGCCCUCCGGUCUCGGGUCAAUAUUUUAAUGUAGCCUCAAAGAUCCAGUUGGAGGGUGUUCAGCUUUCAGAACUCAAUGUUCUCAUGCUCGAUUAUGCAGAGUACAAAGUCGACGACGAAGAUUGGUCUCCAAGGACAGAGGUACUCAAAAUUGACAACAUAAUACGUAGGCGUUUUCAGCUGCCUCUCAAAGGAGCGCAAUUCAAGCAACCGUGGGCAGUUCCGUCUUCAGAGCGAGCCCCCAGGGGACAGCUUACGUUACGUUUCACACUUCAUUCCGAAUUCACCUUCACUGAAUCUUCAAUGCUCGCACUCGAAGAUGGAGGCAAGAUUGGAAUUUGGGUUAACGAUAUCCCUAUUCCUCGUCCUUCAUCUGCCGGUCAGAAUACACCUUCAUGGUGGGUUGACGAAGACAUCAAGACCGUUCCCAUUCCACACUAUCUCAUACACAAGGGAAGAAAUACCGUGACACUUUCUUUCCCCUUUGGAAUACUUACAAAUGUUGAACGAAUCUAUCUCUUGGGCAACUUCUAUGUCUCGUUGCAGGGCAACUCUGCGAUCCUGCAACCCUUUGACCCCAAAAAGCUAACCUGGGGAGAUAUAACGACUCAGGGUUUACCAUUCUAUGUUGGAAAUAUCAUCUACAAGUGCAGUUUCUCCGUUCCUUGUCUCCCUAAACCGUCUACCUCGAAAGUAUCACUCCAUGUGCCGGAUUUUUCGAGUCCCGUGCUCAGUGUCGCCGAUGUCAGGAGCAGGAAGCAGAUUGGCAGGAUUGCACUUCAACCUCGUACCUUGGAGAUGGGAAAAUGGAAAGAGGGCCAGCAAAAAAUUGAGAUCACGGCAUUUGGAAAUCGGUAUAACAGCUUUGGGCAUGUGCAUGUUACUGCUUGGGCAGCAAAUGAAUAUUGUUCGCCGGAUACGUGGAGGACUGAGGGAGAUCGAUGGACAGAUGACUAUAAUGUCAAGCCGAUUGGGGUUUUGGAGUGUCCGACAGUGGUGCUGGAAAUCUCUAAGAAGCCCGACGACGACGAAAGUGAUAAAAGUGACGAACAUGACUGGGAGAUUAUUGGGAGCAUGGAAGAUACGCAGCUCUGAGUACACCAGACUGGGGCAGGCUGGGAAGGAACUUCAUUUCAGAUGCUCCGUGACAAGGAGUGGUCAUUCUUACGGCGUCAAACUGGCCGGGGUUUUUGGAGUGAACCUUGAUUGGAAUCACUACAGUACAGAAUGCGACAGAACCUGCUUUAUAGUAGUACUUGCGAAGGGAGCUUCCGCAGGCGGUUCAAUGACUCUCAGAGUGGAAAUGAUAUAAAAUAAUCCUGUCCUUGCGUCAACCUCAUUAAUUUCCAGCCAUCAGGCACUACGACGAGACGAGGAGGAGAGAAUAACUCUCAAUAUAUAAUCUGAAGAUACAAGCAACAAAUAGUUACACUGUAGUAGCAAGAAGCAUGAAACAAUCUUAGAUAACAAGAACUUGGUACUUUGCCC